ACGCGACUACGUCGAAGAAAAUCAAACAGUUUACUUCUCCAACCGUCUUUCUUUGACCGAACUUCCCGAUAUGGCCCCAUCCCUCCGGCGCCAUAGCAUAUAAAAGAAAAAGACAGAAAGAAACAGCGAGGAACAGGCAAAGAAAAUUAUGCUACGAUUGUACAGAUUAUCGCGCCGCUGCAUCCGCCUCCCGUUCCUCCGCCGCGCCCUCUCUUCUCCCUCCUCUCGGAAUCCCGAUAGUUCCUCCGAACCGCUUACUCAUCUCAAGAAUUCUCAAAAUGCCCCUCCCCCGCCCGCCCUCCACCAAAAUUACCAUCCUGCCGCUCUCCCCUCCCCCUCCCCCUUCCUCUUCAAGGCCUCGCUAGUCGCCGCCGUCUCUGCCGCCGCCCUCCUCGCCGCCUACACCAUCUCGCCCUCCAAGGACGACCAUGUUCUCGAGUACCGUGGAAAAACGAAAACAUUUUAUUCAGAAGUCGAAACCGCUAUCGAGAAAUCAAAUGAAUCUAUUAACAAGAUUGUGAAUAAGAUGAAGCAGACCGGCGUCGCGGCAUCCGUUCUAUGGCAGUCACUGAGGUCAGUGAUGUCGUCGGCGAACCACGAAGUUAGGGCGGGGUUCGAGCUGCGGGUUGCAGCAUUGUUGGCUGACAUUGUGGCCGCCAGCGAUAGCCGUAGGGCGGCCAUUGUUGGCGCGGGCGGCGGGGCGGUGGGCCCGAAGGACGGCAAUGGAACCCAGGCUGAAUCUGCUAGGGCGUUGGCGUACUUAAUUGCUGAUCCCAAUGUGUGCGAGGCUGUUUUUGGGAGGCCUCAAGCUGUUCCGAAUUUGUUGAGGUUUAUUUUCUCUGCUCAACCUCCGUCAUCAAAGAAGCAAUCCAAGCGUAGUUCAUUUGGUGUUUCCGACAAAGGCAAGAGCAUGCUUGUUGCAGCAAUUAUGGAUGUUGUCACUUCCAACUGUGACAGUGUAGAGAAAUUAUCGUUAAAGCCAGUGCUACCAAAGAAUGCUGAUAUCAGAGAUAUUGCAGCUGCUAUUGAAGUAAUUGAAGAGGGUGGCAUGCACUGGGAUGAGAAGCAUGGGGAUGAAGAUGAUGAUGAUGGUGGACAAGGAAUGAAGGGUAUUGGAAUGAAGGUUCUCGGAGGUACCACGGUGUUGGGGUUUUCAGGAACUGGUGGAUUUGCCGAAGUGGACCAUUCUGAUUCCUAUAGCUCGGGGAUGCUGAAAAGUGAGCCGAAGAAUCAAUUGCUCAACAAAAUGAAUGAAAGUUCACCAACACAAGCAAAUUUGUCUUCCUCUGUAAUCCCUGGCCUUUGGGAUGAUUUGCAUUCUGAACAUGUGGCUGUUCCAUUUGCUGCCUGGGCAUUAGCUAAUUGGGCAAUGGCGUCUGAAGUCAAUCGGUCCCAUAUUCAAGAACUGGAUCGGGACGGGCAUGCAGUUAUGAGUGCAUUGAUGGCACCUGAGAGAUCCGUAAAAUGGCAUGGGAGUUGGCUGGCUCAGUUGCUUUUGGAGGACCGAAAUCUGCCUUUAAAUGAUUCUGUUUCCGGUUGGAGUUCUAGUCUUCUUUCUACUAUUUCUCAAGCAAGCAAAAAUCAGGACAUACCUUUGGCGCAAGUAGCUUUGUCUGCAUUAUUGGUUUCUAUUGAAAGAAGCCCUGAAGCUCAGGAAGUUGUCAUGGAUAAGGGUCUUCCUUCCAUGAGAGAAGCAGCUAGACAAACGGUAAAGCAUAAACCUAUCCAAGAAGCAUUGGCAAAAGCUUUAGAACUAAUCAGUUCAAGGGAACUGCACAUGUCUCUUGAAGAGAGUCAAAAAUGGUCUGCCAUUCUACUUUCUUGGGUAUUUGGACAAGUCUCCUCUGACACAAUCCGUUCAUCAGCUAUAAAUAUUCUUUCUCACAUUCUUGAAGAUUAUGGGCCAUCUUCUGUUCCGAUCUCUCAAGGAUGGCUGACUAUCUUACUAACGGAUACGCUGAGCUCCAAGAAGGCAACUUUAGCUAAAGGAAGUGCUCAGGUUACAAGUGACAAAGUAAAGACACAAGUUGAUCUGGCAAAUGUUGUCUCUGCAACCCAGACUGCAAAUCAGUUGGCAAAUGCUGUUGUUAAUUUAGCAGGAGCACAACUGGGGACAGCCACCGAGAAUGCAGAUACAUUUCCACUAGCUGAUCUUCUCUCCCUUGAGCCUUUUGCAGGAUCAUUUAAAAAUCUUAAGAAGGACAAACCACCAAAGGUUGCUGCUGCUGAUUCUGCACUGGCCACUCUAAAAGGCAUCAAGGCACUGACAGACAUAUGCGCUGAAGAUCCUUUAUCUCAACAGAAAAUAGCCGAUUUUGGAGUAUUGUGUUUACUUAGGCGCCUUUUGUUGGAAGAUGAUUACGAGCAACUAGCUGCAAUUGAAGCAUAUGACGCAUCACGAGCUCUGGAAGCACAAGGGAGGGUCCCAUCUUCUCCUAGUGAUCCUUCUGUAGUUGACAGUUAUGACCCUUCCAAUUUGCGAGUUCCAGCUACUGCUCACAUUCGGAGGCAUGCAGCGCGUCUUCUCACUGGUCUUUCUGUUCUCCCAGAAGUCCAGAAAGGAAUUGUGGCAGACAAAUCUUGGUGUAAAUGGCUUGAGGAAUGUGCUAGAGGACAAAUUCCUGGUUGCAAUGAUCUUAAGAUUCAAAGUUAUGCCAGGGCAACACUAUUAAAUGCAUUUUGUAGUGAUCCAGCUAGUUGGAAGUCUCAAAAUGAUGGUGACCCUGACAGUAGGUCUUCGACCAGGAAACAACAUUGCCCUCACUAUGCUGACAUGCUAUUUCUAAUUAAUCCUGAAUUGCCCCAUUGGAAGUGCAUUGAUAAAAACUCCGUUCAUUCACCUGUCAAUAAUGAUUCUGCUGAGGGAGAUAAUAGGCUGUUUUCAAGAACUUUGGAGAAUGACAAUCCUGCUUCUACUUCUGGGUCUGAAAGCUUCUCGAAUAUCGAGGUGCCUCCAUUGGAUGUUGUUUUUGUCCACGGCCUCCGGGGAGGCCCCUUCAAAACUUGGCGAUUAUCUGAGGACAAGUCAUCAACAAAGUCUGGCCUUGUUGAGAAGAUUGAUGAAGAAGCUGGAAAACAAGGGACAUUUUGGCCUGGAGAAUGGCUUGCAGCAGACUUUCCUCAUGCUCGCUUGUUUAGUCUCAAAUAUAAGACUAAUCUUACACAGUGGUCUGGGGCCAGUCUACCUCUUCAGGAAGUGAGCUCCAUGCUUUUGGACAAACUUGUUGCUGCAGGCAUUGGGGAUCGACCAGUUGUAUUUGUAACACAUAGCAUGGGAGGCCUGGUUGUCAAGCAGAUGUUGUAUCAAGCAAAGGCAGAAAACAAAGAUAAUUUUGUUAACAAUACAGUGGGAAUUAUUUUCUAUAGCUGUCCACAUUUUGGCAGCAAGCUUGCAGACAUGCCUUGGCGUAUGGGUCUUGUCUUACGUCCUGCACCCACUAUAGGAGAAUUGAGAAGUGGAUCACCUAGGUUAGUGGAGCUAAAUGAUUUCAUCCGCCAACUUUACAAGAAGAAGUUGAUUGAUGUCCUCAGUUUUUGUGAGACAAAGGUAACCCCAAUUGUAGAAGGUUAUGGAGGCUGGGCGUUCCGCAUGGAGAUUGUACCCAUGGAAUCAGCCUAUCCAGGAUUUGGUGAACUUGUUGUACUGGAUUCGACCGACCAUGUAAAUUCUUGCAAGCCUUUAAGCAGAGCUGAUCCAUCCUAUAAAGAUACUUUAGAGUUUUUGCAAAAGCUGAAGUCACAUUAUACCUGAGAAGAUUCUGUACAUAAGUAGAUAUUACAGUGCUCCCAGUACUCUAUUAUUGAUGUUGUUGAAGCCUUGAUGCUCUGGUUUGGGUUCUGAGACCUCCGAUUGUGGUUAUAUUUAUAAAAGCACCACAAGGAGUGUUGCUUGAGCUGCUCUGCCCAAUGUUCUUACCGUUGCUAACAGUAUGCAGUCAAAGGAUUAUGGUGAUAAUGGAACCAUUCUUGUCGCUUAUUCGGCAGGUGAAGAUGCCUGUACUUGGUGAGCUAGGAGAAUAUCUUUUCAGACUUCUCUGCUAGACUGGUUUUGUGCUUAUUUUUGCGAAGUCUUGGCAUACAUAUAGUCUUCAUCGGCAGAAGAGUUUCAUGGUAUUUGUUUAGCAUUCUAGAUCAUUUGCAGUUUUAGAAUAGGGCUCACUGAGGGAUAGUUGUGGCCCUUUACGUGUAACUUUAUUGAAAUGUAUGUAAAUAUUCUUUCACAGGAUAUAAAAGCAUGGCAGAAGAUUAGAUGAA